AUGGAAGAACCGGCCCUGUUAGUGCAUAACAUAGUCAAGGGUGAAAAAGUCAAGCCAAUUUUUGAGGAACCACCCAACCCUACAAAUGUCGAAGCCACUUUACAAAGGAUUAAGGCAAACGAUCCUACUCUCCUGGAAGUGAACCUGAAUAACAUCAAGAAUAUUCCAAUUCCAACUUUGAAAGAACUUGCAAAAGCAAUGGAAACCAAUGCACAUGUGACGAAAUUCAGCCUGGCAGCUACUCGGAGCAAUGACCCUGUCGCCAUUGCUUUUGCUGAUAUGUUAAAAAUGAACAAGACCCUGAAAAGCCUAAAUAUAGAAUCCAAUUUUAUUACCGGAACAGGCAUCCUUGCCUUGAUCGAUGCACUGAAAGGGAAUGAAACACUGACAGAGAUUAAAAUUGACAACCAGAGGCAACAGCUUGGGACAGCAGUAGAGAUGGAGAUUGCUCAGAUGCUGGAAGAGAACUCGCAGAUUCUCAAAUUUGGGUACCAGUUUACUAAACAAGGUCCAAGGACAAGGGUGGCUGCAGCCAUCACUAAAAACAAUGACCUCGUUCGCAAGAAGCGAGUAGAAGGAGACCGCCACUAGUCUUGCCUAAGAAGACAUGGCCAAGCUACCUGUCAAAGAGUUCUGUUCCAUCCACGAGCCGAGAAAAUCCACUGGUCUUAAGGGGAGACACUGGAAAGUCUUUAGAAUGAGGCUACUCAUGUUCCGUUACGCUCACCCCUGCCCUUAUAUUUUCAAUGGAAUAGUCCAGGCUGAUUUUCUUUUCUUUUUUCAAAGACAUAUUUUUCGAAUCAGUUAUGUAAAGCCAACAUGCAUACAUAUGGCUUCUUAUAAAACCUCUAAAAUUACUCUGGUCCAAUGGUUAUGGACCUAGAACAGGAUCCUUUUGUGGUCAGACCCUACUAAUGCUCCAGUCCAAAUUUUACUUGCACAAAUAAGAAAAAUUCCCUGCAAUGCAUUCUUUUUGUGAUGCAGUUCUAUAUCAGUUGUUCCAAUUUGGGAAAUAUAUCCUCAUGCUCUGAAUUCAGGUCACUCAGAACUCUGGGGCAGGUCCUAGCAUAGGUACCCAAAUUGAUAUUCCUUUGCUAAUGAAUGAGAAUCACAAACCCAAUCGGUGAAACAAAUGGGACUUGGGGAUGACUAUGUUUUGUGUGUUUCUCAGUCUUAUAUUCCAUCAUUCCAUCCUGCUGCAAAGUAGGGAUAGAUCCACUUUGUGUCCACUAUACUGAUCACUUUAUAUGUGAGUCUUUGUACACAGCACGGAGUUGUAAGUGACAAAGAGGUCAUGUUAAGACACUUCGAGGCAGGGCCAUUUUUCUACCAGCAGCCUUCCUUUACCAAAUAGGUCAGGCUUUGAUAUCCAGACUACAAUGUGCCAUAGAGAUCCACUGCCGGGAAGAGUUUGCUGAGCAAAGCGCAUGAGAUGAAUCACAUAAUGACUUGGUUCAGUCGGCACAUCAGAGCAUAAUUAUGAUUUGCACACAUAUGGCUGAUUGGUAAAUGACUAGGUUCAAAUAUCAGCCCAAAUCAUAGCUUGGUGUGAUCUGAAUUGAGAUGGAAACAUACAUGGCGUAGGGUUGGCCGUAGCUAUCCUUCCAGCCUAGAAGUCAUGGACUUGAGCACAAGAAAAAAAGAAACACUUCCACUAAAUCAACUGAGGAGAGACUGAGCUUUUCCAUGUUCGUACCACCAAACGUCCUGUGAAUUCAUUGGUGCAGUCUGAGUUAUCCUUGUGAGUGCUGUCGAAUCCUAACUGUUUACAUGUGUUAAGUUAGACCAACCAGCUUCUCAAUGUGUUGUCCUGUUGGGUGACAUCAUGUAACCAACACGAGUGUUGCCAAACUUAAACUAGCUUCAAGCCACGUAGUUAAAAAAUAUAAACAAAUAAACAUGUUUUUUU